GUUAUAUAAAAGCAGAUUAUAUAUAUUAACGAUGUCAGUAUGUUGUGUAUAGUCACCUAGUAAAUACCAUUUAGCACAACUGAAGAAGAUGUAUCUUCAAUACAAAGAGGUAUCACUCUGUCUUGCCAUAGCUGUUAUUUGCUGCAAUGUUGUAACAAUAAAAGCUCUCUGCACCGCAAAUCAAGUUGCAAUUAAAAGUACAUAUGGAGACUUGUAUUUGGAUGCCACUAACGGGACGUCAAUUCAAAUUCAACAUUGGCUGGGAUCAUACAGUCAGGUUUGGAGAAUUGAUUGUGGACACAUGCCUGGCUUGUUUCGUCUUUAUAACCAAAAGUUUGGAGCGUUUUUGGCUGUAACGCCGUUUACUAUUAGUCUUAUUCUGAACGAAGUAACCGAAGAAUAUUGGCAAGAGUGGUUUUUGAAUGGCAAUGGACGUAUUACUAAUGCAGGUGCACUGUACCAGUUGGAUAUUACAGCUUCUGUAUUUGAACCAGGAACUGUGGUUGGGUUAUAUCAAGACACCGGAAAUCCAAAUCAGGAAUGGGAAAUACUAGAAGUUGCCAGGGAUAAAAGUCUUGAGUAAAAUUUAUUUACAGGUAAUGCUAGUAUGGCAUUGUUGUUAUAAUUUUAAAUGUUACAUUUGUAGAAAUAAGGCUGUAGCAAUUUUUAAAAUUUUUUAUAUACAGCCGUAUAGCAUUAAAGUGUCUUGCGAUGAUUA